GGCUUUGACGAUCACGAACACCUAUGGUUACUAGCUGCGAAAGUGAUCAAGUAAAUUUGGGGAGUGCUCCGCGAAGAGAGUUGUGCUUGCGUUGCCGUUUUCGCACUUCGAUAAACGUGUUUGUUUUGUGUUAGAAGUAGUGAUAUAAAUUCUUGCGUUUAUUGUAAACAGUUCUGGAUUGCAUUUAUCAACGGCUCUGCAAUGGCAGACGUACUGUGUAUCCAAUGAAAGUUAUAUGUAGGAGUGAUGUGAAUGUUGUUACUGUGAAAGUGCCUCAGGAAACUCACCAGCAUUUGAAGUCUUCUACCGCAGACAAUAAGAUUCUGCUGUUCAGCAAGUGCGAGGAAGAGAAGCUCGGAAGCCUGGUUCAGGCAUCCAAUGUGAACUGGGCCACACAUUUACUGGAGAAACUGGGGUGCGGUACUGCCAUGCCCACAGCUACAGGAGGUAGCGGAAGUUCUCAUGGGGGUCACACAAACAUUCCUAGCAAUGAAGAGUGUGGAAUACGGGAUGUUUGGCGACACAAUCUUGAAGAAGAAUUCAAGACGAUCCGUCAGGUGGUGCAGAAAUACCAUUAUGUGGCAAUGGAUACUGAGUUCCCUGGUGUUGUGGCACGACCAAUUGGCGAAUUCCGCAGCACAGCAGACUAUCAAUAUCAAUUGCUACGCUGCAAUGUCGAUCUCUUACGGAUUAUCCAAUUGGGGUUGACGUUUCUAGACGAGAAUGGCAAGACACCUGGUGGUGCAUACACAACGUGGCAGUUUAACUUCAAAUUCAACUUAUCGGAAGAUAUGUAUGCUCAAGACAGCAUCGACCUGUUGCAGAAUUCAGGUAUUCAGUUCAAGAAACAUGAAGAAGAAGGCAUAGACCCUUUAGAUUUUGCAGAACUUUUAAUGACAUCUGGCAUUGUUCUAAUGGAUAAUAUAAAGUGGCUGUCAUUUCACAGUGGGUAUGAUUUUGGCUACCUCUUAAAACUGCUUACAGAUCAGAACCUACCUCAUGAAGAGAGUGACUUUUUUGAUCUUCUGAGGCUGUAUUUUCCAACAGUAUAUGACGUCAAGUACCUCAUGAAAAGCUGUAAAAAUCUGAAGGGAGGCCUUCAAGAGGUAGCUGACCAAUUGGAGCUGGAAAGAAUAGGACCACAGCACCAAGCUGGAAGUGAUUCGCUUCUCACGGGCAUGGCAUUCUUCAAGAUGAGAGAGAUGUUCUUUGAAGAUAACAUUGAUGAUGCCAAGUACUGUGGGCAUCUGUAUGGACUUGGGACAUCAUUUGUUAUGAACGGCAACAACAGUUAUCAUGACAAUGGGGAUAAUAGCAAUUCAUCGUGAUACUGCUGCUUGUCUGGAGCCAAUGAAGACCAGAACGACAUCAUAGUGCUUGUGUUCAUGCUCUGUCAACUGUAUUCCUUACAUCCCAAGAAAUAAGGAAACAAAACCUUUUUAUGAAUUUUUCUUUUGUACAAUUUCUUAAUUGACAAAAUAGUGUAUACAUUCUGUAUUAAUGUAAGAAAUGAAAUUGUAAAUUUGUAAAUCAAAUGUUUCAAUUGUGAACACCCUUUAGAGUACAACUGUGUGGAUGAUGAAUGAAUCAUGUUCUUUAUAGGAAUGACAUGUGUCUGGUGCAGAGCAUAAGCCAAAAACUGAAAGUGAAAAAUCAUUUUUUUUAAUAUUCUGCAGAAAAGGACCACUUACACACAAACAUCUGGAAUAUAUUAAUAUCGGAACAAAAUUUAAGUCUUAAUUGAUGUAGCAAAGCUAUAUAGUUUAAUGUAUGUCAGUAAGCUAAAAAGUAACUGUCAAUCCUCUUCUUUCUUAUUUCUUAACAAGAAAUAAGGAAGUGUUUAUCUUUCACAAGAUUAUGUAUAUUUUUAUUUGACUUGGUAUCCAAGUUUUUUAACAAAAUACAAAUUAUAAAAAAAAAUAAAUGUGCAAAUACUUUUGAGGAGUUUGAACUUGUGAAAGAUAAAUAUUUGACAAAUAACAGUUCAUUGCUGUUAAGUUAUCAAUAUAUUGUAGAUAUUUUUUUUAAUGUUUCCCUUAUAUUCCCCUUGUCCUUUAUUUCGACCUCACCAUGUUUCAUAGUGUCCAUGUACAUCUGUGCUCUGUAUGAAGAGAAGAAAGCUAUUAAUGAGCAUGUUUGUAGGGAGUGAAUGAAAUUAUAUAUAUAUACAUAUGUCCUUUACAUUUUAUAUGUGUAUUAAAGUAACUCAAGAUGAAAAAAUAAUAAUAAUAAUAAUAGAGAAAUAAUGGUGUGUGAAUUUAUGCUUUAAUUAAGUAAUAAUGUGAAAUAAACACAGUUAAGAAGUAAACAGAAAUUUUUAUUGAUAUAGUUUGCACUGGUUUUAUCCAUCUGUGCAGAGAAGGAGAGAAAUUUAUUUAUAAAGCUUUAAAAACAUAACUGAGUUUUAGUUGAUAAUUAUUCAGUUGAAAUUAGCUUUUUAUAUUCAUGCGCGUUGCCUCAUGGUGCUCUGGUCUGUUAGUGGACAUGGCUGUUUCAAUGUUUUUGUACUUUUUGUCAGAAUCACUGCUAAGUGAUUGCUUGCAGCUUUUUUAGAUUUUGUAAAUGCAUUUUUAUACAUUAUUUGGUUUUCUAAUAAUGUCACUCACCCAAAAUUUUAUUUUUCA